UCAUGGCGACACCCGACCCCGUAGACCCAGCCACCCUAGAGAUAAAGACCCGUAGCAUAGAACAGACACUACACCCACUAGUAAAGCAGAUUUCCACGUUAGUGUCGCACAGAGAACGUCCGCUAUGUUCGGACAGAAGUCUCCGUGCCGUUGCCAGAGUCGGCCAAGCCGUGAAUCUGGCGGUAGAGAGGUUCGUCACUGUUGGCGAAACCAUCGCAGAUGGCAAUCCAGAGAUCAGUGAGGACAUGUACCAGGCGUGCAAGAGGGCUAGAGAUGCUGGCUCAGCGAUCGAGAAAUUAUGCGAAUGCGCCACAGAGGACAGCCUAGCUGAUCGGGGCUCUGUCGUCAGGGCUGCGAGAUGUCUCCUGGGUUCUGUAACGAAGGUUCUCCUUCUGGCUGACAUCGUCGUGGUGAAACAGCUUCUUCUCGCGAAGAAGAAGGUGGCUCGCAGCCUUGGCCGUCUCGAAAGUGUCUCAAACUUCACCGAAUUCGUGAAGGCGUUUAGCCAGUUCGGGGCGGAAAUGGUGGAGUUGGCACACUUAACGGGUGAUCGUCAAAAUGACUUGAAAGACGAGAGACGAAGGGCACAGAUGGCCGCGGCUCGCCAAGUUUUAGAGAGGAGCACUAUGAUGCUGCUCACGUCUAGUAAAACCUGCUUGAGGCAUCCGGAAUGUCCGUCUGCCAGAGAAAAUAGAGAUACCGUUUUCUGCCAGAUGCGAAGGGCCAUGGACUUGAUACAUUACGUGGUCAAAGAUGGAGUGUUGGACUGCAGCGAAUCGCAGUCCUAUUCGAAUUCUCAGAGUCCGCAACAGGAGGAUUGGGACAGCAGCACAGCGUUCUCCGCGUUGAAACACUUUGAGAGACUCGUUGAAACCACAAGAAUGACUCUCCUAGGACCAGGCUGUCGUGAGACGCUCACAGCCGCGUUAGAUACCGUCAUUGAGAGGACGCAGGAUUUCACGGACAGCGCGUACACGAGUCACGAACACAGAGAGAACAUCCUUCUGCUUUGUGACCGGGCGCAACUCGAGCUCAAUACGCUCCUGCGAAUUGGUAACAGUAUGAAUUACGAAGGUGGCGGCGGUUCACCGAGUUCUGAAAUGGAGCAAGCUGUCCUGGGAGUGUUACGUACCACGAGAGAUCUGCGACAACAGUUGUGCACGACCACUAUGGAACAAGCAGCUGAUCUUGGACAGGUAACUAAAGCGGGUCAGGAGCUCGUGUCAACGAUCAGGAACGUCGCACUGGCCAAUGACAGAUAUCUUCUUCAAGAGAGCAACGAAAAAUUUCGCGAGUACAUUGAACAUAUUCUCGAAGUAUGCAAAAUGCUGAGACACGUUGCGCUCUCGGAAUCAUUGCAAGUUUCAGCGAAAUUUACGGAAAUUAACCUAAGAAUAUAUGGCCCUCAAGUGGUGACAGCGGCGUACACCUUAGCGAGACAUCCUACCAGUAAAAUCGCUAAGGAGAACCUCGAAGUUUUCGCUGACAUGUGGCAGUGGCUUAUGACUGACGUGACCACAGUGGCGAAAGAUGUGCUCGAAUUAAACCAAAACCGACCAGAAAAACAAGUUUACAUGUCCUUGCCACGACCUGGAAAACACGGCACAACAAGCAAGCCGCUGAAACCAGUAAAAUUGGACAGCGAGGAACAGGCAAAGAUAGCAAAGGCGGGCCUCGAGAUGAAGCUGAUUACCUCGGAGAUGGACGCGGAGACAGAGAAGUGGCAGGAAAGCGGAAGCACCUUGGAGGAAAAUAACGACAUCGUGAAACGGGCGAAGAACAUGUCCUCGAUGGCGUUCUCGAUGUACCAGUUCACCAGGGGCGAGGGGGCGCUGAAGACCACCCAAGAUCUGUUCACCCAAGCUGAGUAUUUCGCCGAGGAGGCGAACAGAUUGUACAAGGUUGUGAGACAAUUCAGCUAUCAGGUACCAGGGGGCCCGCACAAGAAAGAACUCUUGGAAAAUCUGGACCGUGUGCCAACGUACGUGCAGCAGCUUCAGUUCACCGUGAAGAACCCCACCGUCGGGAAGGCCGCCACUUUUACGAAAGUCGAUAACGUGAUACAGGAGACAAAAAAUUUAAUGAACGUGAUUUCGAAAGUGGUCACCACGUGCUUCGUCUGCGCCACAAAGUACAACCUGGAUUUCCGAGGUCUGUCGGCGCGUGGGGCCGGCGGCUCGCCGUACAGGGGCGGAGAGGGUGCAGGCGCCGACGGCGACGGUGGCGGUGCUGGUGUCGACGGCAGCAAGACGGGCUCCGCCCCCGGCAGCGACCCGUCCGUCUGACAGUUUGGGAUGGCCCGACGGGCCAAGGGGGACGCUCGCCGCACUCGGGUCUCCUUUCUGCUUUUCUAGAAAGAACCCUCGCCUGCCCCAGCGAAACGUACACGUCGGCCCCUCUGGACACCCCCAGCAGGUCCACCGGGACUCGCUGAACGGGAUCUUGACAUUUCUCGAAGGGAUCGCGCGCGUAGAGCUCGCCUGUACGGUUCUUAGACACCGUACGCUAGGGACAUGGGGGCGAUGGUUCGUCAUGACGGUACUGGGGAUAAAUUAUUAUGCGAACAAUCGAUUUCGCUGGGUUGCGAUUUAUUUUUGUAAACACGAAUUUGAAAACCGAACUGACUGAGAUUAGUCGGGACAAUUGGAACAUUGUGCAAUGCCGAGCUUUAAAUAUCUCCUUGAAGGAAGUAUUUGAAUUCUCGUUUGAAACUGUGUCAAUUUCGGUUUAAAUUUAAAGUCGAGCAGCGGGGCAUCCCUUCGAGAGAUAAUUUUGACAUUAUUGAAGUAGCGUUCCCCGGAACACGGAAUCUGGUCUAAUCUAUGAUUGUUAAUAGAGCACGAAUGCUUGAACUCCAUCGAGGAACGAACAUCGAACGACCAACACGACUGGAUCGUUCUUCGAGAAGCGAAAGAAAUGUCGAACGAAACUCGCUCGUUAGAAAGUUUCGUUGAGAAAGAAGAAUGCAAAAUAUUCUACCGGUGCUACAGAGCCAAUCGACUGGUUUCCUGAUUAACUAAGAAGUAUCUAGAUGAUAAGCCGACCGCGUAAUUUCUUACAAGCACAUUGAAUUUGUAUCCGACGAAAUGAACUUCGAAAACGCGUGCGCUUUUUCGAAGAGGUAAUAUUAGAUUAUCGACGUGUACGUUUCUAAAUCGUAAUUGCUUCGAGCACAAGCUAUAUAUCAGCGAUUAGCCACAGUACACGUACCUCUGCGUUGCUCAACAUAGGGAAACUUAACGGGCUUUCGGCUCGAGUCACAUUGCGCU